CCGUGUAGCGAUUUGACAGCUGUCUCUGGUUCGUUCGCCGUUCGCCAUUUUUCUGAAGCUUCUGGAAAAAACUGUUUGUGGAUUGAAAUAUUAACAAAAUUGGCUUAAAACUGAGUGUAAAAUAGCCUGCAUUUACCUCUCACGAUGGCUGAAUAUCUUGCCUCGAUUUUUGGAACUGAAAAGGAUAAGGUAAACUGUUCUUUUUACUUUAAAAUCGGAGCAUGUCGCCACGGGGAUCGGUGUUCCCGGAUUCACAACAAGCCUACCUUUUCGCAGACGUGCCUACUGCAAAAUCUGUAUGUGAAUCCGCAAAAUUCGGCCAAGUCUGCUGAUGGAAGUCAUUUGGUUGCAAAUGUGUCGGAUGAGGAGAUGCAGGAGCACUACGACAACUUUUUCGAGGAUGUUUUUGUUGAAUGCGAGGACAAGUACGGCGAGAUCGAGGAGAUGAACGUGUGUGACAACCUUGGAGAUCAUUUGGUUGGUAACGUGUACAUCAAAUUUCGUCGAGAGGAAGACGCUGAGCGUGCGGCGAAAGAUUUGAACAACCGCUGGUUUGGAGGACGCCCAGUUUAUUCCGAGUUGUCGCCGGUAACAGAUUUCCGUGAAGCUUGCUGCCGUCAGUAUGAGAUGGGCGAAUGUACUCGUUCGGGAUUCUGUAACUUCAUGCACCUGAAACCGAUUUCGCGUGAACUUCGGAGAUAUUUGUACUCUCGUCGACGAGGACGAUCGCGUUCCCGCUCUCGAUCUCCGGGGAGAAACCGAGGCGGUGGUGGAAGUGGUGGCGGAGGUGGUGGAGGCCGUGAUCGUUCGCGAGAUCGCAACCGACGUUCACGCAGUCGAGAUCGUAAUGGGGGAGGUGGUGGCGGCGGCAGCGGCGGUGGCGGUGGUGGUGGUGGUCGAAAAGGAAGAUAUUAAAAGUUGAACAGACGA